AUGGUUGAAUACACCUUCACAUGGCCAUCAGGUCCAAAUGAGGUGAUAGUUACAGGUGAUUUUGAUCAAUGGGAAGGUACGAAGCGGUUGGUCAAACAGCCAGGAGGUUAUUUUGCUACUUCUGUGUCUUUAAGUAACUCACAAUUUAAUGAUGGUAAACUGUACUUUAAGUUUAUCGUUGAUGGUGAGUGGAAGACUAAUGAAAAGUACGCAAGAGAUUCUAUAUUAGGACCAGAAAACAAUUAUUUACUAUUGUCUGACAAUGCAAAAUCGACAUUAGGUAGCGGUAGUAAUACUGCGUCUUCAGGACUAUCAAAAGGUUCUUCCGUGCCAUCAUCUGCUGGUAGUGGAUCUCAGAGGAACGGUCCUGUUGAAGAGAGGUCUCAGAUUAGGAGUCAACCCCCCCCUGGUUCAAGGAAGAAAAACAAAAAGAAGAUUAAGAUCAAGAAAAAGAUCAGAAGAAAUAAGAAGACCGGUGAAGAGACUGUAAUUGCUAUAGAAAGAACCGAAAUUUUAUCCAGUGGAGAGGAUACGGGUGGCAAUCGUGAGUCUAGGGCAACUUCACAGGGAACAUCUGAAGGAACAUCUGAAGGGACAUCUGAAGGGACAUCUGAAGGGACAUCUGAAGGGACAUCUGAUGGAGAGGAAUCUUCGAGUAGUUCGAAUGCCAAUCUAAGUAGCGAAGGAAGUUUAGGGGACAAACACUUUCCUUCGUCAAAAGAUUCGUUAAUAGCUGGCAAGCGCAAUUUAGGCCAAGGACUUGCCGGUGUCGCUGCAUCUCCAUUCAUUAGAACCUCGGCAAAAAACGCGGGCAAUUCACAAAAUUCAUCUAAGCAGAGUUUCGGUCAAACUGAAGGAACUAAAUCUCAUGAUCCAUCAACUCAUUCUAGUGGUCAGCCUCAAAGCUUGAGUGCUUCCACUCCGGGGUCGUCAGCACGUGAUGAAAAAACACCUCGUCCGAGCGCUGGCAAAUAUUCUCAAAAAUCCCCUUCAGGCAACCAGGGUGACAGCAUACAAAUAGACCCUCCCCAUGCUGUGCCUAUUUUACCGGGAGCUGGAGAAUCAGAUCUAAGUGACGUUGCACCUGGACCAACUUGCGACUCGAAGAAGCCUUUAUCAAGUGAAGCAAACGAUACCAAUAGGCCUCAGAGUCAAGGCGCCGAAAAGAAAAACGAAUUAGAUCCACCUCACGCUGUUCCUAUGCUACCUACUAAAGAUGCUUCUGAUUUAGACGAUGUAGCUCCAGGACCUUCUUCAGCAGGAAGGCACCCACACCACCCCCCUCACCAUCACGGCAAGGACAAGAAGGAUGAUCCAUCUCACCAGCUCGGUAAGGGUAAGAAGGAUGAACUCGACCCACCUCACGCAGUUCCUAUCCUACCUACUACAGACGCUUCUGAUUUGGAUGAUGUAGCUCCAGGACCUUCUUCAUCAGGAAGCCAGCCACACCACACUCCUCACCAUCACGGUAAGGACAAGAAGGAUGAUCCAUCCCACAAGCCAGGUGAAAGAAAAGAUGACCCAUCUCACCAACACGGUACGGGAAAGAAGGAUGAGCUCGACCCACCUCACGCAGUUCCUAUCCUACCUACUACAGACGCUUCUGAUUUGGAUGAUGUAGCUCCAGGACCUUCUUCAUCAGGAAGCCAGCCACACCACACUCCUCACCAUCACGGCAAGGACAAGAAGGAUGAUCCAUCUCACCAGCUCGGUAAGGGUAAGAAGGAUGAACUCGACCCACCUCACGCAGUUCCUAUCCUACCUACUACAGACGCUUCUGAUUUGGAUGAUGUAGCUCCAGGACCUUCUUCAUCAGGAAGCCAGCCACACCGCCCUCCUCACCAUCACGGUAAGGACAAGAAGGAUGAUCCAUCCCACAAGCCAGGUGAAAGAAAAGAUGACCCAUCUCACCAACACGGUACGGGAAAGAAGGAUGAGCUCGACCCACCUCACGCAGUUCCUAUCCUACCUACUACGGACGCUUCUGAUUUGGAUGAUGUGGCUCCAGGACCUUCUUCAUCAGGAAGCCAGCCACACCACACUCCUCACCAUCACGGCAAGGACAAGAAGGAUGAUCCAUCCCACAAGCUCGGUAAGGGUAAGAAGGAUGAACUCGACCCACCUCACGCAGUUCCUAUCCUACCUACUACGGACGCUUCUGAUUUGGAUGAUGUAGCUCCAGGACCUUCUUCAUCAGGAAGCCAGCCACACCACACUCCUCACCAUCACGGCAAGGACAAGAAGGAUGAUCCAUCUCACCAGCUCGGUAAGGGUAAGAAGGAUGAGCUCGACCCACCUCACGCAGUUCCUAUCCUACCUACUACGGACGCUUCUGAUUUGGAUGAUGUAGCUCCAGGACCUUCUUCAUCAGGAAGCCAGCCACACCGCCCUCCUCACCAUCACGGUAAGGACAAGAAUGAUGAUCCAUCCCACAAGCUCGGUAAGGGUAAGAAGGAUGAGCUCGACCCACCUCACGCAGUUCCUAUCCUACCUACUACAGACGCUUCUGAUUUGGAUGAUGUAGCUCCAGGACCUUCUUCAUCAGGAAGCCAGCCACACCACACUCCUCACCAUCACGGCAAGGACAAGAAGGAUGAUCCAUCCCACAAGCUCGGUAAGGGUAAGAAGGAUGAACUCGACCCACCUCACGCAGUUCCUAUCCUACCUACUACAGACGCUUCUGAUUUGGAUGAUGUAGCUCCAGGACCUUCUUCAUCAGGAAGCCAGCCACACCGCCCUCCUCACCAUCACGGUAAGGACAAGAAUGAUGAUCCAUCCCACAAGCUCGGUAAGGGUAAGAAGGAUGAGCUCGACCCACCUCACGCAGUUCCUAUCCUACCUACUACGGAUGCUUCUGAUUUGGAUGAUGUGGCUCCAGGACCCUCACCAACUGAUGAAAGAAAACAACCGGCCAUCAAACGCAGUGGUCCACAAAAACCAAAGGAUUCAAGUGAAGAUGUUCAUAAGGCUAAGCCUACGGUUGGUGAUUCUAAUACACCAAGUGAUGCAGCAUCACCUAGCAAUGAUCCAGUUUCGGGUAAGAAACCAACAUCAGUUCCUCUUCCGUUCAUUGCAAGUGGAAUAGAUAAAGUUUCUUCACAAAAGCCGAUCGACAGACAAGCGUCAGGUCCCUCAGAAAAAUCUGACGGCAAAAAAUCUUCUGGAAAAGGCGAAAAUGAUGACUACGGACAUAUUGCGAAUAAUGAAGAGCACGCCAAUCCUAAAGAAUUACCUAUUUUGAAGACAAACAAACCUUGCGGACCAAACCCCGAGUUGUUCGAAGAAAAACAGUCCGAAUCAUCUAGUCCAGUACCCGGGAAAACUGAAAAGCAAGAACCACCAAGUUCUACAGACAAGCCUAUAUCAGCAGCUAAUCUACAAAAGGACAAACCAGAAAAUAAGUCUGUUGCUGAAACAUCAUCUAAAAGUGAUUCUGCAGGUCCAAGAGAAAACAUGUCAUCAAACGUUCCUGCUACACCCGCUGGUCGUGGAGGAAGCAAUCCAGAUUCUAUUGGAGCUCCAGGCGAUGUUCACAAGGAGAUGCUUCCUGGCACUCUCAUGGGAAUUGAUUCUGCUAGAAGUAUUUCAUCUCCAACCGCAACUGAAAAGUCUAGGGAAAAGCCCGCAGAAACACCAAUUGGUUCAUCAUCCACAGUACCUGUGACUGAUAAGAAAGAAAGCUCUUCUGCGCGCGACAGUGGAUCGAACUUUAGCUCGUUGGCUGCACAACACGCUUUCAACCUAAAGUCCGCGCCUGGCCUCUUGAAGAUCCAGAAUCCAGAGAAAGUUAAGGAGCUUAACGAAUUUAGUAACGUUGAUGCCAAGGCUCUAAAUGAAAGGCUCAACGCAGAAGCAAUGCAAAAGAAAAACCAAUAUAAAAGAACCUCUGUUGUGAUUCCAGAAAAUAGACCAGAAGUUCACCGUGGAUUAGGUCCAAAAUCAAGCGAGCCCAUGAGUACUCUUGACCCUAAGGUAGUCGGCGGACGCCCUUCGUCUGCUGGGAGUGGGUUGGCUUCAGACACACUUCUUAACAAGGAUAAUGAAGCGUUCGUAACCAUUGAUUCUAGCUUCACUUCAGUGACGGAGGAUAUCAGCAGAACUUUGGACGAUCUCGACAAAAGCCCUAUUCCUGGUGCAAUGUUAACAGAGGAAAUGAACUUAUAUUCGGUUGAGCAUCCUAAACCGGCUGCGUCUGAGAAUGCCAGCAACUCUAGUGGGUUUACAGCGCAGCCUCGUCAGCCCCAUGCUGCUCGUGCGCAUCCUGCUUCUCGUUCGCCACAAGACUCUCGUUUCGAGGGCUCAUCUUUCCCUGCCCCUGAUACACCUACAACACCUAUAACCCCUGUACUUCCUGCGGGCCAGUUUGGCCGUGGACAUGGAACUCCUACACAUGCCUCUCCUUCACAUGCUAGCCCUGUUCCUGGUACACCUACCCAUGCUAGUCCUGCACAUGUUAGCCGUGCACCUGCGGGUACUGCGCCUGUUCGCCGCGGUCCUAUCACAGCUGUCCCAGCUGUUCCUAUCCCUGCUCCCGCUCCUAAACCAUCUUAUGAAGCAGAAGAAGCUACAAAUUACACAGCAGACACAUCAGAGCCACCAAACAGCACCAAUGAACAGCCAAACAGGUACCAUUUAGUAGAGGUUAUACCUGGCGGAAUUUCAUCAGAUAAAGUACCGGGUGCUAAUAUGGCUGUCGAAAGCACUGGUUCCAGUGUUAUCGAGCCAAGCGCGGCCUUGGAAAGUGUUCCUGACACCUCCGCUUCGGUGAAGGGUUUACAAAUGUCGAAUAUGUCAGACAGGCAAUUACAAGAUGGACCAGAAAGAGAAGGGUUUACUCAAACUCCACUCUCCGAAAAGGUUCCUACUAUAUCUGAUGUGAAAAGCAGGUCAGUUAACACCAGACCUGACGAUAUUUACUCUACGCCUAGAAGUCACGAAAUUGAGCAUCCAGCGACCCAUGUAAAUGCUACUUUGAUUAAAAACUAUAAUGCAGAGCCACAUAGGCAUCAAGAAACACGUUUAGCCCACCAUGGAAGCAAUGUAGUUACCGUUACUGAAAUCGCAACGGACUUGCCAGCAACUGGCAACCGGAAUAAUAACUUACCGUACCCCGAACAUACUACUAUGUACGUUUCCGAACCAGUUCAAGUUGGCCCAUCCUAUGCUGAAGCUCCUUCGCCAGGUUUGAGCAAUCCCCAACCGGUGACGAUAACCGGUGCUUCAUAUCGUAAUCAUCGACAGAAAGCUUCUCAAGGUACUUCCGGUACCGUUGCUACUGGAUCCACAUUUGCCGCCGGAACUGCUCAAUCUAUUUCAAAAUCAUUCGAAAACAAUGCUAGUAAAACCAAGCCAGCUAAUAACAAGCAAUCUGUCCCCAAUUCUGCAUCAACCGGCCACAGCGCGAAAAUCAGUGCUGACAACAGCUUAAGGUCCAGCAAUAAUGCCAGCGCAUCAGAUUCAAGAAGAACAUCUGAACAUAAGAGGAAGUCUGGUUUCUUCUCCAAACUAAAGAAACUGUUGAAAUAA